AGCCGCCUCCCAGAGCCACAUAGGCGGGUUCAUGUGUGCCUGACUGCCGAGGCUCCUGCACUGUGCCGGGGACAGAGACAGCGGCGCUGGGCUCUAUGCCUGUGUGUGUCUGUGUGUGUCUGUGUGUGUGUGUUUGUGUGGGUGUGUGUGUGGGGGUGUGUGUGUAGGUGCAUAGGGGUUUGUGUGUGCGUGCGCGCGCGCGUGCGGCAUUCCACAACAGCUCGGCUCGGAGUCAUGACGACGGUAUUUCUUUCUCUUUUGGUUUUGCUUUGAGCUGGACGGAGCUGCCCCUGGUGAGAUGAUCCGCGACACAUGGACGUAGCACCGGCGCGAGAGUCCCACGGUUCGACUCUUGACACGGACCGAGGUACGCACACCUCCCCCGGCAUCCUCUCCCCGCGGUCACCGCUGUCACCCGCUGCUCCAGGGCGCACGCUGAGCCCCGCUCAGAACGACAUGCUGACUGACAGUGGUGAGUUUGCGGGGGGGACCUUGGAAGAGCUGAUGGACGGGUCCCUGAGUGUUCCAGACCCAGCGCCUUUGACCGGGCACAUCUCUGAGACCGGGCACAUCUCUGAGACCGGGCACAUCUCUGAGACCGGGCACAUCUCUGAGACCGGGCACAUCUCUGAGACCGGGCACAUCUCUGAGAGCGAGUAUAUUUCUGAGACCGGGCACAUCUCUGAGAGCGAGCUCUCAUGUCACUGCUGCUACAACAUCCUGCUGGAUCCCACUACUCUGACCUGCGGGCACAGCGUGUGCCGACACUGCCUGGCCAUGUGGUGGCACUCUUCCAAGAAGAACGAGUGUCCCGAGUGUCGCGAGAAGUGGGUGGGCUUCCCCAAGAUCAACAUCCUGCUCAGAGAUGCAACAGAGAAGCUGUUUGGUGACACUGUGCGGAGCAGGAAGGCUGCGGUGGAGGCUGACCCCCAGAUAAGGCACUCUCUGCUGGCCUUCCAAAGGUAUGGGAACAACAGGGACCGGCCCAGGAGAGUGGAGAACAAAGGAGCAGGCUUCUUCUUCUCAGGAGUCCUCACUGCCCUCACUGUGGUAACUGUUCCUUUGCUGGCGUAUCACUGGAGCACGGGAGGUGUGGAGUCCUCAGACCUUCUCCUCUCUAAACCCGUGUCCCACUGGAGUCCUCAGGAGGUCCUGACCUGGCUGCAGAGUCUGGGGCCGUGGGCUCACCUGUACACAGAGUCUUUCCUGCACGAAAACGUCAAUGGAAGGCUCCUCUUGAUGCUGGGGGAGGAGGAGCUCCUGAGCGCCCCCUACAGCAUCCAGAACCCCGCUCACAGACGCACUGUCUUGGCCGAAAUGGACAAAGUCAGAACUCUGGGAGUCAAACCACCACAGAAUCUGUGGGAGUACAAGGCAGCGUACCCGGGCACAUCCCUGUUCCUCCUGUACUCACUUAGGCGCUCUCCUCGCCUUACACUGCUCUACCUGUACCUGUUUGAGUACUCGGACAUAUUCCUGCCUUUCCUGCACACCUGCUGUCCGGCCAUGGCUCCAAGGGACCAGCUGGAGGAAAGCACGCUCACACAUUCACAGGUGGAGCCCAGCUGGAGGCAGUGGGCAGAGUUCCUGGUGAAGUAUGCGCUCCUGCCGUACCAGCUGAUGGCAGAGUUUGCCUGGGACUGGCUGUCCGUGCAUUACUGGACCUCUCGCUUUAUCAUAGUCAACGCCAUGUUGCUGUCUGUGCUGGAUGUGAGCGCCCUCUGGAGGCUGUGGGCCAGAGCGGGCUUCAGGGCCAUGCCUGGGGACCUGUGGAGCCACCUUUGGGAGCUGCUCUCUCAGGGGCUGUUCCUGCUGCUGCUGUGGCCCAUCACCCCUCAGUUCCUCUGCAGCUGUCUGUUCUACUGGGGCCUGUACUUCAGCCCCAUCGUCAACAUGGACCGAGUGGUACGGCAGCUCUUGCACCCUGACACACACGCUCUGUGAGCAGUGUGCACAAGCACCAGAGAGCAGCCCCGUGGGUGCACAAUAAAGCAAACGCUUACCGACUGUGGCUCUCUGCAGUUGAUUCACAUGUUGCCUGGAGGAUGUGACCAUGCUUAUGGCACUGCUGGCCUUUCCCUGAGGCCUCUGGCUUGGUAUAAAAAAGACCAGCAGAGGUCUACUGUCUUAGUCAGUUCAAUGACUAAAAUGUAUGAUUUUAAAAUCAGAAACUGGGUUGGUUAUUGCAUUGUGCAUGUCUCCUGUUGUGGAGAUACACAGUUGCCUGAAUUCUGCUGAUUGCAUGUUAAAGUUUUUCAUUUCUACAGUAAUUAGUGCUCACAGUCAGGUAUUUGUAUGUAGAGGAAAAGUUUUUCAUUUAAAUGUACUUUUACAUUUCCAGACAUGUAGUUGCACCUACCUCUUUUACUGGAAACCACCUACAACAUGGAAUCAUUUAUUGUCUCAAAUUUAAAGGUGCACUAUGUACAUUUUCUGGUGGAGGGUCUGAAACCUUCUACAAUCUAUCUAUGUAUGGAGAUGUUGGUCUUUUGUCUGAAAUGUUAAAUAUAAUGGCAUAAAAUGUAUCCAAGCAGGUGACACCACCAAACCAACUGUUAGCAAUAAAAACAGCUUUAAUUGAGUACAAGAAAGAUCAAUAUGUUUAAAUACUGUAGAGCAUUCCAGGCAAAGCAAAAACAUACCCAUGAAAGAAGCAGGUGGUGGAGCCUCCACUAGAAAAAGUUCCAUGUUCCUUCAGUUCUUAAUCUUAAAGUUGCACUUUCUAAUGUUGUCUUUUUUUGCAUUGUUAAUUGCACUGUUGCACACUUUGCAUUUCUUUCAAAUGUUGAAAUCAAAGCAUUUUAUAAAUCAGA